AUGAACGACCUCGUCGUACAAACCAACGCACCAGCAAGCAUCCUGCCAUCUCAGACCUACGCCUCUGCGGACGAGUGGUACAGGGCCCUCGCCGACAUGCACAUAUCCCAGCUAGCGUUCCAACACAACAAUGCCGUAGAAGACGAGGGCGAUGCCCGCGAUAAAUACGCUGCCGAGAGGCGCCCCGCGUCAGAGCCGGAGUCCGAGGGCGGUUUCACGCGGUUUUCAGAGGACUUCAGGCCGGCUAACAUCCUUCUCGACAAGGACCUCUGGGUCGUUGGUGUCAUCGACUGGCAGUUCGCUCACGCCGCCGUCACGCAGUUUAGCUUCGAUCUCCCUUGGUGGCUGCUCCUGGAAGAACCCGAGUACUGGACCGGCGGGUACCGCGCGUGGGUGGGAGGAGAAGAAGAUGGUGGCUGCAAACAUCGCCAAAAAAAAGUCGGCCGCCUGUCGCCAGCCGGCGAUGGAAAGACGGAAGUACCGCUCUCUCAGCGUAUGCGCGAGAGCCGAGAGAAACGGGCGUGA